AUGUCGGAAUUCGAGGUCAAAACCACAACAACAUUUGAUGAAACUCAGCAAUUUUCCAUGGCUAUUGAUGGACAUGGUGCACCACGAGAAGAUGAUCAAUUGGAUACUGCUCAACAUAUCCCCAUGAUUCCGUCACGUCUGAGCCAUGGAGCUGCAAAAUCAUGUUCAUCGUCGAGUAUUGUCCCACGCUUGAGUGUUGGUUCACACAUGUCAUUUAACCAAUUGGGUCCAUCUCAUACUGGACAAUUACGAAGACGUCUACCUACUACCGUGUUUACCAGCAAGAAAAAGUCCUUUUACAAUGUCUACCCCAGUGUUCCAUUACGAGGAAAAAUGCCUCAUGUGCCUCGUUACUGGCUCAAUGCACGUUUUCGACACAAUACUUUUUUUGCUCGACGUUUACUGCACACUGGAUUACCCUUAGCGUGUGUACUAGCUACUGGAUUAUGGUUUUACUACUUUUUCAAACCUCGCUGGAUCGUAUUGAACACAACUUCUGGACCACAUCAUUACGGCUUUAUGCUUCAAUCACCUAGCUUGGUAUACACGUUCCAAGCUUCGAGCUGUGAAAACGUCGUGGGAUUUUCCGCGUUGAUUUACCAUACUCUGCCGGCAGUGAUUUUGUUGUUUUUGCCAGGUUCAGGCUGGCGUCUCUUUGAACCCUUUAAGCGAGAUGAACCUACAACUACAGCUACAACUACAGCUACUGGUGUUUCGGGAACACCAACGAACAAGACGGAUAUUGAAAGGGGAAAUGGCGGGGUGGCUCUAGAUGAAGAUGUAGAGAGUGAUAUUAGUCUCACGAAGAUUAAGCGCCGAUUGGUGUUUCAAUUUUGUGAGUUAGUUGCGGUCAUGUUGGUUCUUUUCCAAGCGAUAGUGGUGAUGUUUUUCCUUUACAUGUUUUUUAAGGGAGGUGUCUUCAAGUGCAAUAAGCUAGCAGUGCAGCUAUUUGGUCUUGUCAGUGUUGUGUGCUUUGUUUGGAUUUUUACCGAGCUACAGCACUUUGCGCGCUUCCGUGAGCACGUCAAAAUGCUUUUGGGAGCAUUCCAAGAGAGCGAUCAGACUGGUGAUGUUCGCAACCAUGUCAUGGAUCCAGGUGUUGAUCAACUUAUGACUCAGUCCGACAAGGCUUUAGCGGUUGUGCGAAAACGGCUUUACAAGGCAACUCGUUUGGGUGAUCUGCGUGAAAUGCGAGAUAUUUUGGACUACGCGGAAGCAUCAGGUUUGACUAGCGAGAAGCAAGGAUUCCCACGCAAGAGCUACGCUGCAGCUUCUCUUGUAUUCGGUUUUUUUGCGCAGUCUCGAAAGAAUCCGGUGCAUGUAGCAGCUUACCAUGGUAAUAUUCGCGCAUUGGAGCUGCUAGAGGCUCGGGGGUUUGAUGUUACGUCGAUGGAUAAGUUUAACCGGGUACGGUUCUCAACUGGAGACCUUUUCUGGUACUUUGCUCGUUUUUUCGUGGUGCGCCCUGGAAUCGAUGGAAGAGGCAGCGAUGAAGAAUCGGCCGCGUCAAUAUUUCGGACAACACUAGUAACUCCGUUGCAUUGUGCCGUGUCCACGGGUCAGCUAGAGACAGUAAGAUGGUUGCUUUCACGUGGAGUAUCAGCUUGUACUCUAGCACAAUCAUCGUACCGUUCGGAUCGGGUACCACCACUUUUUCUGGCAGAGCACCCUGAUAUUGUUCGUGAACUGCUUGUGCAUGGUGCUGACCCUUUAGUUGUUCCGGACCCAGGAUUUGUGAACACGUUGACAGCUUUGCAACUUGCGUACCUACGAGGCAAUUACGCCGUAGUACAAGAACUAGAAGAAUGGGGUGGCGAUGUGGCACUUACUCCAUUUCACUUGGCUGCUGGUCGAAAUGAUGUGGCAGCCGUGCGGAAAUACUUGCGGAAAAAGACGGAUGUCGAUUGUCUCGGUGAAAUGGGCUAUGUUGGUCUCAAUCGACGAACUCCUUUGCACUGGGCAGCUGUGAAUGGUGCGCUGGAGGCGGUAGACCUAUUACUAGAUGCUGGUGCUGAUCCAAAUUUUCAGGAUGCUCGUGGACGUUCACCGCUGCAUUGGGCGGCACGGCUCAACAAAACUGAUGUGGUGCGCUCACUUCUUGAAGGUGGGGCCGAUCCUAAAUUGGUAGACUUGGACUUCAUGACUCCGUUAAUGUGUGCUGCGGUUGGUCUUGAUGCAACACGCGAGCUCUUUGGCAUUCUUACGUCUGCAGGUGCCGAUAUUAAUUAUCAGUUACCUCCCACAGGUGACACAGCAUUGCAUGUUGCUGUGAGGGAGAAUAAUGAGCAGUCGGCGCUUGCGAUUCUGGCAAAUGGUGGCAACCUCAUGAAGAUGAAUAUGGAGGGUUUACGGCCGCUAGACUGCACAACGUCCACACGAUUGCUAUUUGAAAUAAAGCGAGCUGCUGGACAGCGAGAUGUGAUGAUUAGCUACACGCACUCGCACGCUGAGUUUGCCAAAAAAAUUCGCAAGAAUCUUGAAGACGCAAAUGUGACAACGUGGCUGGACUUGAUGGAUCCAAGUGGUAUCGGUGGUGGGUCUGUUUGGCGUGAGGAGAUUGCACGGGGUAUUACAAAUGCUGCUGUGGUGUUGUGUCUUCUCACUGAGGACUACGCACAAUCUGAGUGGUGCCUGAAAGAAUUGGCACUGGCGAAACAAGUCGGCACUCCCAUAUUGGCAGUAUCUACUGAGGGUGUGAGCAUUGGUGAGGAUUUGCAGGUGUAUUUGUAUACUCGCCAGCUUAUUCCGUUUGAACCUGCUAUCACCCAGACUAGGCGUAAUAGUACGAAUACGCGGCAGAUUGAGUAUGACUACGACGAGACUAAGUUCAAGUCGCAGUUUCGGUUAUUGCUUGAUGGAGUGCGCGAUGAGAUUGAAAAGAACCGUAAAGCUGUUCAACUGAAGAAUAUUGCGAGUAGUAGCCGUGACAAUGAACUGAAGAAGACUUCGGUUGGAACAAUGUUAGCGGCUUCCGGUGACGGUUUUUCUCAACUUUUUGCGAAAUGGAAUCCAGAGGCGAUGAGCGCACACAAUCAAUUUGUCUUUCUUUCGCAUGGAGACAAGCACGCAGGUUUUGUGCAGCGGCUAUACUCUGAACUCACAAAUGCUGGUGUCACGUGCUAUGGUGACCGUAAUGUGGAGGGUCAAGGCUUUGAGGACCGUAUUCAAGCUACGCGGGAGGCUAUUCUACGUUGCACUUGUUUUCUGGUCAUUUUGUCAAAGCAGACAAUCGGCAGUGAGUUGGUACGGGAUCAGUUGGCAUUUGCAGAGGACAAGGGCCGAUCAAUUUUUCCUAUUGCCUUGAAUGAUUUGGAGCCUGGUCUUGACAAGCGCUACUCGCUUGCUCGCAAUGAGGUGUUUCACUUUAUGGGCAACGGCAUGAGUUUCAAACAUAGUGCCGAUCAUCUGAUCCAAGGACUGCGUCGUCAUUACUCGAUUUACGACGAUAAAUUUGAUACAAUGUUGGAUAACGGUUCACGUUCCGCUAGUGUGAAUACUUCCUUUGUGUCAUUCACCUUUAGUGAAAUCGGUACGAAAGACAACAAUCACGACACUACGGGUGACCCCAUGAUCCAGGAAGGAGAUGUGCUGCAUGAAAGUGACGAUUUUCUUCGAGCUAGCAGUAGCGAUCAGAAGAAUAGCGAAUCUAGCACUGCCACGCGUAACUUUGAGUCGAUCUCAAGCAUUAGUGAAGUCCAGUUGGAUCUCUCUAGCACGCAUGUUCGCAUGUAG